AUGGUUACCUCUCAAUGGCUAUGUGUCAUAAUAGCAGCUAUUGCUAUGAUUAACAUUGCAGCUGGAAACUGUCCUGAUGACACGCCACCUUCCUCAUCUCCUUUCCCUACUCCAUUACCUUCUGCUAUUCCAUUUCCUUCUGCUACUCCAUUACCUUCCUCUACUCCAUCUCCAACUCCACUGGUUGUACCUACUGAAUUCCUUUCCUCUCCAAACACAUCAGUCAAUGCUCCACCAGUUUGUGUGAUGCCGCCAGACUGCAAAGCAUGGCAAGAGUUAGGGAUCAAUCAGAGUGGAGUCUAUCCAGUAAAACCAAAUGGAGGAGAAGCUUUUCAGGUAUACUGUGAUAUGGAGACUGAUGGUGGUGGGUGGACUGUAUUUCAGAGGAGAAAAGAUGGAUCUGUUGCUUUCAAUAGGAACUGGGCUGACUAUGAGAAAGGUUUCGGUAACCUCACUGGGGAAUUCUGGCUAGGACUGAGCAAAAUACACCGCAUCACUCAAGGAGAGACAAAAUACUUUACGAGUGGACAUUGGAGAUUUUGAUGGUCGCAUAGGUUAUGCUAAG